AUGCCUGAGCUUAUGGAUCUCCUAAUUCCAAGGCUAGAUUUCCUCUGGUCUGUGAAGUUUUGGGCCAUUUUCCACACAAUCCUCUGGCUUCAUCGUUAUGUCCGCCUGAUUGUCCACUGCAUCAGCCACUGGACAUACAAAUCCAUAGUUCCGAACUGGGAGAAACCGAGAUACACAUCAAACGAUGUCACAGUUAUUAUCCCAACAAUUCACAACCGUCCGCAAGAGCUUCAGCCGUCCCUGGAAAGCAUCCUUGCCUGCAGACCCGCCAAACUGAUUCUGGUCACCACCUACAAGAAACACAAUGCGCUGGAAGAGGCUGCUUCCGCCCUCCGUGGGGUGAACAGCACACACCCGACCGUCAUCGAGGUUCUGCACGUCGACAAGGCCAACAAGCGGCUGCAGGUGUGCAGGGCGCUCGAGGGGGAUCAUGUUCAGACUCCCAUCACGGUUAUGGCUGAUGACGACGUAGAAUGGCCGUCGACUCUCAUGCCCUGGCUACUGGCGCCGUUCGAGGACGACAGGAUGGGUGGAGUUGGCACGUGCCAGAGAGUGAAGCGGGUGGGUGGUGACUUGACAACGCGCAUCUUCAAUUGGCUCGGCGCAGCCUACAUUGAGAGGAGGAAUUUUGAAAUCUCAGCGACCCACAAUAUUGACGGCGGGACCUCUUGCAUGUCGGGGCGCACUGGUGCCUACCGAACCGAGAUUCUCAAGAGCUACGACUUUUUGGGCGGGUUCAAGAAUGAAAAAUGGGGCAAAUACAUCCUGAAUGCGGACGACGACAACUACGUGACACGAUGGCUUGUGGCCCAAAAGUGGAAGACCUGGAUCCAGUACGAAAACGAAUGUGAGAUUGAGACGACGCUCGAAAACGGCUUCAAGUUCUUAUAUCAGUGUUCCCGCUGGGCGAGAAGCAAUUGGAGGAGCAACUGGACCAGUCUUGUGCAUGAAAGACACGUGCUUACUCAGCAACUUUGGUGCACAUAUGCGCUUCAUAUCGCAACGUUUACUUCGCUUGCCUUUGUCGUCGAUCCCCUUCUGCUCUUCUCGUGCUGGUGGGCGACGGAGAACUGGGAGCUCAGGAGCCGCUAUAUCCUACUCGCUGCAGAAAUAAUAUUCAUGUUUUGCUUCACGAAAGUGGUAAAACUGGUUGGGCUGUUCCGCAGGAAUCCGAGUGACAUCAUGUUCCUGCCCGUGUCCAUUCUGUUCGGUUGGUUCCACGGGUUCAUCAAGCUGUAUGCGCUGUUUACGCUCAAGCAGACGUCGUGGGGCAGUCGUGAGGAUGGUGACGAGCACAACCAGUUCCGUCUCCAAGAGAAGCCGGUCCGCAGCCAGGCCAUGGCCAUGCCGGGCGGGCCAGAUCUUCUCGAGUCGGUGCGGCACACGGCCACCUCCCAAGCCCGCCGGGCUUCCUAUCUGGCGCAGAAGCACGAGUUUAGCGGGUGCAUGGUGGACGAAGUGUUGUAA